ACUACCUCCUGGUUCAGGCAGACUGGCCACACGGAGCGAGGCUAGCUGUUAGCUUUAACUGUCUACACAGCCGAGAUGAGUUUCCUGGGAGGUUUGUUUGGGCCUGUAUGUGAGAUAGAUGUACUGCUGAACGAUGCAGAGAACAGAAAGACAGCCGAGAUGAAGACAGAGGAUGGGAAAGUAGAGAAACACUACCUGUUCUACGACGGAGAGUCUGUAUCUGGCAAGGUGAAUCUAAAUGUGAAGCAGGGAGGAAAGCGGCUCGAGCAUCAGGGCAUCCGCAUCGAGUUUGUUGGACAGAUAGAGCUGUUCUCUGAUAAGAGCAACACCCAUGAGUUUGUGGACUUGGUGAAAGAGUUGGCUCUACCUGGAGAACUCACCCAGAACAGAAGUUACGACUUUGAGUUCAUGCAGGUGGAGAAGCCCUACGAGUCCUAUACUGGAGCGAACGUCAGGCUAAGGUAUUUCCUCAGGGUGACAAUAGUACGUCGUCUGUCUGACUUGGUGAAGGAAUAUGAGUUAAUAGUCCACCAGUUAGCCACCUAUCCAGACGUCAACAACUCAAUCAAGAUGGAGGUCGGCAUAGAGGACUGUCUUCACAUCGAGUUUGAAUACAAUAAAUCCAAAUACCACCUUAAGGAUGUGAUUGUUGGGAAAAUCUACUUCCUGCUGGUCAGGAUCAAGAUCCAACACAUGGAGCUACAGCUCAUCAAGAAGGAGAUAACGGGCAUCGGUCCAAGUACUACCACUGAGACGGAGACAGUUGCAAAGUAUGAGAUCAUGGAUGGAGCUCCAGUUAAAGGAGAAUCAAUCCCUAUCAGACUGUUUCUGGCCGGGUAUGACUUGACACCCACCAUGAGGGAUGUCAACAAGAAGUUUUCUGUGCGCUACUUCCUUAAUCUGGUGCUGGUGGAUGAAGAGGACAGAAGAUACUUUAAACAACAGGAGAUUGUUUUGUGGAGAAAAGCCCCAGAGAAGCUGAGGAAAAGAAACUUCCAUCAGCGCUACGAGUCGCCUGAGUCCCGAACCCAGCCAGUUAAUGCGGAGCAGCCGGAGAUGUGAGGGCGAUGCUAUGAACUGAAAACACACACAGACACACCCCAACUCAUCACUGCUGAACAGCCAGGGGUGUGAGGGCUGCCCCACUAUCUCCCUGGACUGAGAAAUGGCUGUAUACAUGAAUACACAUUACAUACCUUCAGACAUCCCCCCCCUUAACACUUCACAGCUUCAGAUGUGAGCUGUCAUACCACCAUCACUCUCUUCCCCCAGGACGGUUAACACACUCGCAUACCGACGCACAACUCUGCUGAAUGAUAAAUGUCAGGGCCAGAGUGCAAAUCAAGCCGACCCAAGUAAGGAACAGUUAGGCAGCCUAUUUGAUCCUAGCGUCUCGGACUGAAAACACACACUCAAGCACACACAAGCGAAGCCAUACAGUCUCAGUGGAAUGCGUAAUAAAACAGGAGCAAAGACGGAAAAGAGGAGGUGGCUACACAUGACCACCACACCAUUUAUCGCUUUCUUCUGCAACAGGAGAUUUUUUAGGUUGCAUAUUUGGGCAGAACCUAUCCUGGACAUUCUCUGAAUUCUUCUCUCCCAAUCUCCUACAAAAUGACGGUUUCUCGAAUUUGGCUGGGCUAGCCAGUGAUCAAAAUUAUCCAGGUCCUGUGGGGAUCAUCUUGAAUGGAAGACAUGAGAGGCUGAGCUAUAUUCAUAUAGCCACAACAUUAAGACCAGUUUGUGGUUUUACUGUUGUGGCUGAUUGGUAUAUACGCAACACCUUUGAGCUAUGAUGUUGACACUGUGCUCUUGUUCAGCCAUCUAGCUGUUACUAAGUUUUUCUUAUGUAUGUUGCAACAGUCUACAGACUGUUCUUUUCAAGUCAAAUUUCAGCCUUAAUUGGAAAAUUAAGAGUUUAGUGCAACAAAUGUCCAUCUUAACAUAAAUUUAAUCCCAUAUUUCAUUUUCAAAUGUGGCUGGUUGGUAGAAAUGAAAUUUAUAUUUCACUCUCACAUGUUAUCUGUUCCAGCCCACUUUCACUGUCAAAGAUGGACAUUAUCAUUUCAGUGUCAUUUAUUUCUUAAAAUUAUUUAAAUAAAUCAAAAUCAUCUAGAGCUGAUCAUUAUUUUCAUUAGUGAUUCGUUUAGUCUAUAAACUGGCAGAAAAUAUUGAAAUGGGCCUUUCACAACUUCCUAGAGCUCGAGGUGACAUCUACAAAUGACUUGUUUUGUCCAACCGACAGUCUAAAACCCCCAAAAUAUUCUAUUUACAAGCAUUGCUGCAAGAAACACCGCAAUGCUUGCAUUAGAUAAGAUAGAACCAGAGAAUGUUUGGAGUUUUUGCUUGAAAAAUGACUGAAACGACUAGUCGAUCAUCAAAAUGGUUGCCAAUCAGUUAUCUGUUCGAUCAAUUGACUAAUUGUUGCAGCUCUAAAAGCAUCAUACGUUCAAAAUAUUUGUU